AUGGUCCUGCGGCUCCUGCUCCAUCUCACCUUCCUUGGACAUGGCACCAUCAGGCCCUUGAUCCAGGGACAUGGCUUCCACCUGCUGGUGGUCGCCUGGCCAUCCCUCUUCGACCUCAGCUCACCCCAGGAGGUUCAGGACACCAUUCAGAUUCCGAACAACGGGAGUGCACCCCUGCUUGUGGACGUGCAGGUGUUCGUCUCCAACAUGUUUAAUGUGGAUAUUCUGCGGUACACAGUGUCCUCCAUGCUGCUGCUUCAGCUGUCCUGGCUGGACACUCGCUUGGCCUGGAAUGCUAGUGUGCAACCCCGGCGUGCAGUCACACUGCCCUGGGACUCACUCUGGACUCCCAGACUCAACAUCCAGGAGGCGCUCUGGGUGGACUGGAAGGACCAGAGUCCACAGGCCCGAGUAGACCAGGACGGCCAUGUUGAGCUGAACUUGGCCCUCACCACAGAGACCAAUUGUGGCUUGGAGCUCCUACACUUCCCCCGGGACCAGAGCAACUGCAGCCUCAGCUUCUACACACUCAGCAACACUGUGACAGAGUCGGAGUUCCAAGCCCACGUGGUGAACAAGAUUGUAAGUGUAAAGAGAGAAUAUGUAGUUCAUGACUUGAACGCCCAAGUCCCACCCCAGUGGCUGGAGCCCUGCUUCCAGGUGAUGUUGAGCCUGAAGAACACAGCACUAAAGUCCAUCACAGCUCUGUUGGUACCUGGGGAGGCGCUGCUAUUGGCUGACUUGUGUGGGGGGCUGCUGCCCCUCCGGACCACAGAGCGCAUUGCCUACAAGGUGACACUGCUGCUGGGCUACCUCAUCUUCCAUUCCUCCCUGGUGCAGGCCCUGCCCAGCUCUUCCUGCAACCCGCUGCUCAUUUACUACUUCACCAUCCUGCUGCUGCUCCUCUUCCUCAGCACCAUAGAGACUGUGCUGUUGGCAGGGCUGCUAGCCCGGGACAGCCUUGAGGACAAGAAUAGUCCCAGCCCUGCCCUGAGAGGGGGACAGCAAGAUUACGAGAACCUGGGGCCUAAUCCUGAAGAAGCCCCCAGAAGAGCUAAGGGGUCAAGGAGCAGCUGGGCUGAGGCUGCUGACCACAUCUUCUUCCUCAUGUACGUGGCGGGGGUGGUGUGCAGCCAGUUCAUCUUUGCUGGAAUCUGGACGUGGGAAACGUGCAAAUCUGACCCUGCCCCUGGCAGGGCUGCUCCCAGGCUGCAGCCCAUGCCAUGA